AUGGGCUGACGGGGUCGUCGCCCCGAGUCGGCACGAUCCUACACUCCAGCUACUCCGUAUACUGCUGCUACGCUCACGGUCAGACACGGAAGGAUGAUGGGAUGACAUGGUCGUUCGCAACCGCGACCGAUGAUGUCAGUUCCUCGUCGCCGACGGAAGCCUGAAGGAAGUUCGAAUAUGGAGUCGCAAGUCGCAGUCGCAGUCGCAGUAGGAUUUGUUUUGGCCCUGCGCGCGCCGGAAAUGGUAUCAUCCAAGGCCUUGGAAUCGCCCCUUGCGUUCCCGUUUGGCUCAGCUCGUGGUUCCAAGAUCGGAGACAAGACACACACACAGUCACACACACACAGAGAGAGAGAGAGACACGCUGAUUCAGCUAUUUGUUUGUCCUGUAUGUCUCGUCCGCACCCUCCCUUCUAUCAUUUCCGUUUCUGCAAGGGAAGGGCGAGAACUAUGGAGCUCGAUGUCAUCGCUGCACACACAGAAGAAAACAUGCCAAUGCCAAUGAUCGCUAUCUAGUAGUACCUGUAGUGUCGUUGUUUUUCUCGUGUCCAUGUCCGUUCUGGUCGUUCGGCCUCGGCCAGCGUCGCCA